GCUCAGAAGUGCGGCCCCUGCUCGCCCCGCCCCAUCAUUGUCUCCUCGCUCGCCCCUUUCCUUUCAUCCUCAAAGCAUCCAGAGCCGCGGCCCUCUUCUCCCAGUGUCCCGCGUCUCUCCGCGCUCUGUGGAGCGCAAGAGCAGGAUGGAGGGCUGCCUGGGGGAGGAAUCCUUUCAGAUGUGGGAGCUGAACCGGCGCCUGGAGGCCUACGUGGCCCGGGUUAAGGCGCUGGAGGAGCAGAAUGAAGCUCUGAGCGCCGAGCUCGGGGGGCUGCGGGCGCAGUCGGGGGACGCGUCGUGGCGGGCGCGGGCCGAGGCCGAGCUGGCGGCCCUGCGGGCGCUGGUGGAGCAGCGCUGGCGGGAGAAGCACGCGGCCGAGGUGGCGCGGGCCGGGCUGGAGGAGGAGGCGGCAGGCGUGGCGGGCCGCCUGGAGCAGCACCGCCGGGCCCGGGAGCGGCUGGCCACAGAGGCGGCCCGCGGGCGGCGCGCCGUCGAGGCGGAGCAGGGCGCGCAGGGCUGGCUGCGCUCUCAGGCGGCGGCACUGGGCCGGGAGCUGGAGGCCCUGCGCGCUGCGCACCAGGAGGAGCGCGCGGAGCUAAGCGCGCAGGCCGCCCGCGCCCCCUGCCGCCCCGCACCCCGCGGUCCCCCAGCGCCCGCACCCGAGCUAGAGGAGCUGGCGGGCCGGCUGGGCGCGGCGUGGCGCGGGGCGGUGCGGGGCUACCAGGCGCGCGUGGCGCACAUGCAGGCGGCGCUGGGCCAGGCCCGCGGGAGGCUGGAGCAAGCCUCGCAGGGCGCCCGCGACGCCCGGCUGGAGCUGCAGCAGCUGCGGGCCGAGCGUGGGGGCCUCCAGGAGCUGCGGGCCGCGCUGGAGCAGAGGCUGGAGGGCCGCUGGCAGGAACGGCUGCGGGCCACCGACGAGUUUCAGCUGGCUGUGGAGGCCCUGGAGCAGGAGAAGCAGGGGCUGCAGAGUCAGAUCGCCCAGAUCCUGGAGGGCCGCCAGCAGCUGGCACACCUCAAGAUGUCACUCAGCCUGGAGGUGGCCACAUACAGGACCCUCCUGGAGGCUGAGAACUCCCGCCUGCAGACUCCUGAUGGCCUUUCCAAGGCAUUUCUCUGCAUCCAGGACCCCAAACUGGAGCUGCACGUCCUGGGGACCCCAGAGGAUCAACGUUUGGGACCCCUGCUCUCAGUCCUGAGCUCCACUGCCCUCCCCUCGCCCAUGCCUGAUGCCUUAGAAACACCUGUGCCCACCUUUCUGAAGAGCCAGGAGUUCCUCCAGGCCCGUGUCCCUGCCUUGGCCAGCACUCCCAUCCCACUCACACCUCAGACUCCUGGCCCUGCUGCGCAUGCAGUGGUCAGAGCCCAGGAUGCCCCACUGUCUCUGCUGCAGCCACAGGAGGAGAGGCUUCAGACUGAAGCCAAGGUGGCCAUUCCUGCCAGCAGCAUCCUGGCAGGACUGGAGGAGCCUGGGGGCAAGUGGAAAGAGGUGGACCCAGGCCAGUCCCCUGGGGAGCAUGUCCCCUCAACCCCACCCCGCAGCCCUGAUCAUGAGGGUGUGGAGGCUAAAGCUGCAGAAGCCAGUGGGUCUGCAGUGUCUGGUAGAUUACAGGAGGAAGGGGAAGGGCAAAGCAAGGAGCUGGGAGAAAGAGAAACAGUCACAGAGAUCAAAGCAGUGGGCAUCUUGCGGCAGGAAACCCGGAGAGAGGAGGGCACUCUAGACAUGAAGGGGAUCCAGAAUUCAAUCAGUACUUUGGAGAAAGAAAUUUCAAUGCCUCUGGAAGAGAAGAUUGAAGAUUCAUCGAUGUCUUUGGAAAAACAGAACUCUGAGACAUUAAGAUCUCCAGAGAAAGAGAAUGAGGAAUCUGUGGGUUCUUUGGAAGAGAAAGACUUAGGAACACUAAACAGUCUAGAAAAGGAAAAUCCAGAGCUUCUGGAGUCUUUAGAAGACAGGGAUGUUGAAGUAGAGAAACCUCUAGAAAAAGAGACUCCAGAACCACACAAACCUUUAGGAAAUGAGGACCCACAGACAUUGCAAUCUCUAGGGGAGGAGAAUCAAGAACUAAGGGAGUUUCCUGAAGGUGAUCAAGAGACAUUUUUCUUUCCAGAAAAUGAAAAUCAAGAGUUAGUAAGGGCGGUAGAAGAAGAGGACAUUAAGUCUUUGAAAGCUCAAGAAGAGGAGAAUAAAGAACCACUAAGGUCUUUAGAAGUAGAGAACCAGGAGUCAUCAAGACCUCUAGCAAAAGAAAAUCAAGAGCCACUGAGGUCUCUAGAAGAAGAGAGCCAGGAAGCUUUGACACUUCUAGCAAAAGACAGCCAGGAGUCCCUGAGGUCUCCAGAAGAUGAGAAUCUUGAGACCUUGAGACCUCCAGUAAGAGACAGCCUGGAGGCCCUGAGGUCUCCAGAAGAAGAGAAGCAGGAGACAUUGGCAUUUCUAGUAAGAGAAAACCAGGAGGCCCAGAGGCCUGCAGAAGAAGAGAAUUGUGAGACCUUGAGGCCCUCCUUAGUAAAGGAGAACCAGGAGCCACUGAGGUCUCUAGGAGACGAGAACCAGGAAGAAUUAAGACCUCUGGGAAAAGAGACUCAGCAACCACUGAGGUCUUUAGAUGAAGACCAGAUGACACUGAAACCAGAGUCACUGGACUCUCUUGAAAAAGACCACGAGGUAUACAGCCCUCUUGAAAAAGAAGACCCUGAGUUAUUGAGGUCCCCAAAAGAAGACAAUAUAGAUGUGAUGGGGUCUUUCGAAACAGAGACUCUGCAACCUGUAAGUGAAAGAAACCUAGACAUAUCAACAGCCCUAGAAACUCAGGAGCCAGUGUGGUCUCCAGAAGAAAUGAACCUGGAGGUCAUGACCCCUACAGAAACAAAAAGUCAAGAGCCAACGGAGUCUGUGGAAGAGAACCAAGACACAUCAAGACCCCCAGGCAAGCAGAGUCCAGAAGCACUGAGAGCUCUGGGGGAGGGAAACCUAGAGCUUAGUGCUCCCGAAGAGGCAGACAGGGAUGCUGCAACGUGCCCAGAAGAGGAAGAAGCACUGCAGAAGGAGGAGAAUGGAGAGUCUCUGAGGGCUCUGGAGGAGGAGGGACAGGAGCUGUUGGCAGGGAUGAUGAAGGAGAAGCAAGAAUGGGGUCAGGACAGCCCCCUGGGGAGGACUGGUGUGGACUCUGAGGUUGAGGCUGAACUGAGGGAUGGCUUAGCCAGGAAGGAGGAGUAUCUAGAGCAGGAGGAGCUACAGCCGAGUGCUGCCCCAGGAAGCAGCUGGGACACAGCUAAGGGGGACCUGGGGAUCCUGGAGUCCAAAGAGAGGGUCUUAGCUGAGGGCGCCAGUGAGGAGGGGGACACAGAAGACUCCCAGGACCUUGAAGGGCAGACAGUACCAGGGGAUGUCUCGGACCCCAGAAGCCCCCAGAGAACAUCAGAGCCAGUGGUGGAGCAGGUGCUAGGAGAUGAGGGUGAGGCCCCUGCAAGUGGCCAAGCCUCCCCAGUCACCAUGGGGCUGGGGACAGUUGUGGGAGCCAGUCAGGGACCAGAGGUAGGGGGACUGGAGGAAGGUAUAGAGCCACCCCUGGCAGGAGAAGGAUUGGAGGCAAAGAAAUUCCAGCCCUUGGAAGAGCCCAGAAACUUCCUGGGGGAGUCAGCAGUUGUGGAAACUGAGCUCUCUCCACUGCCUUGCUGGGAGGUGCCCGAGGUCCCCUGGGGAGUAGAGGCAGUGUCCCUGAAUGGGGGUGGCACCCCUCAACUCCUGGGGCCAGAGGAGGCCCAGGAAGAGGCGGAUCCAGUUCUGAAUCCCUCCAAGCUAGGAGAUGCAAAGCCAUGGUCACCCAACACACCCGCUUCAGAUGCCCCUGUGCCUGAGCCAGGGCCUGAGAGGACUCAAGAGACUAGCUCAGACCUGGAAGCUGGGGCUGAGGCCUUGGAAAAGGUAGAGGAUGAGCAAGAGUGGGGUCCUGGGGGCGUCCCAGAGAGCCUUCAGGAUGAGGGUGAGGAGAGCAGAGAGGAGAGUGAGGCUGAUGAGCUUGGGGAGACCCUGCCUGACUCCACCCCCCUGGGCCUCUACCUGGGCUCCCCCACAUCCCCUAUGGGGAGCUUGGCUGGAGAGCAGAGGCCCACUCCUCAAGGGGAGGCCAGAGAGGAAGACUGGGGGGCUGUGGGUCUGCCCUCAGAGUGCCUGGGGGCCCAGACUUGGGAGGAAGGGGAGGAGAGGGAGGAGAAUCAGGAAGAGGAAGAGGAUGGGGAAGACCAGGAAGGAGAGGGAGAGGAGGAAGUUGGCCCAGACUCUGACCAGUCAGAGGAAUUUGAGGACUUGGGGACUGAGGUCUCUCGGCUUCCUGGGGUCUCCAGGGAGGCAGCAGAAUCUCUGGGCCCAGUGUCCCAGCUGUUGCCAGAGUCUGAGGCCUGGGGUAGGGACGGCGAGUCUGAUGGGUUUGCAGAUGAAGAAGAGAGUGCGGAGGAGGGAGAGGACAGAGAAGAAGAGGAGCCAGCAGCUGAGCGAUGGGGGCUAGGGUCCUCCAUUGGGGCCCCCCUGGUCUUGGCUCCAAGUGGUUCUCAGAGAGGAGACCUGGAAGGGUCUGAGAUGCUGGAUACCAGUGCCUGUGGAGGUGAGAUCUUGAGUGGCAUGGCAGCUGACACCCCCAUGACAGUCCAGGAUACAGAGCCCCCUGACAACACUGACCCCUCAGUCUCAGAGGGGGGGUCUGACACUGCUGCCACCUGGGAGAGGGAGGGUGGGGUUCCUGGCCUUCUGGACACUCCACACAGGAUGGGGGACAUGGGCCUAGGGCUCGCAGAUACCCUCGGUGUCAAUGGUCAGGGUCCCAGCCUGAAAGAGGAGCUGGAGCACUUGAAUGGAGGUGUGCUAAAUGGGCUGGGGCAAGCUGAGGGCCUGGGCCAGGGGAAACUGGGGGUGCCUGUGGGGAAUAGAGAGAGUCCAGAGGAAGGAGAGGAAGGAGAAGAGGAGGAGGGAAGCUCCCUGAAGGCCCCCUGGGCUGGGAUCCCCCUGCAGCUAGGCCAGGCGCAGCUCCUGAAGUUCUCUCAGUGGGAGGGAAAUGAGGAUUCCUGGUCCUCUGGGGAGGACUAGAGGAAGAAUCUCUUCCAUCUGAGGGCUCAGUGGUGGGGGGUGGGCAUGGGGUGGGUGUGGGGGAAGGGUAAGUGGUCCCAAGCUCCCUCUGCUUGGGGUUAGCACCCAGGCACCCUGAACAUAUUUAUGAUCUCUUGUCCUGUAGCUUCUAUUCGAGAGGCCUCAACUGGCCAAGGUGAAAUGGGGUGUGACAAUUGAAAGGAGGCUCCAGGAAUGGAAAGUAGGCCCCCCUCACCCCAGCCCUGCAGACAGUGUGUGGGUUGCCCCGGAGGGAGGCUUAGACGGGCCAAGUCCCCUCCUCAGUGCCUUGCACCUCUCCUGCCCCAACCCGUUAGCUGUAAGAGCCCUGGGCAGAGGCUCUGUCAGUUACACUGCUCUGCCUCAUGACCCCCUCCAAGAUAUCUGGCCCAGGGCAUGUGAGGUUGUGGGGGUGCUCCCGUGUCUACCCUCCUUUCCCCCCAGCCAUGACACAUACCUGCCUGAAUAAAGUCAUGUCUCCGCCUA